AUGCGUGGCGUGUUCCUGACCAAGUCGACGUGGCACGUGGUGAACCGGGAGACCACCCCCACCUUCGCCGAUCCUCGCGCCAGUGACGACUACGUCAAGACGAACAACAUUGCGUUCGGCUUGAUGUUACUUCACAUGAGCGCGGACUAUCAUCACGUGGUUGAUGACUGCGACGAGGCAUGGGUUGCGUGGACACGGUUGAAGACUCUCUACGGCGGAUCGCAGAAGGCGGGACGGAUCUUCUUGAAGCGGCAGCUGUUCAGCAUGGAGAUGGCGGAAGGCGGCAAUGUGAUGCAUCAUUGCAACGAAGUCCUCAACAUCAGCGCGAAGCUCAGCAGCAUCGGCGCCAAGAUGGAGGAUGAGGACGUGGCGAUCUGCUUGUUGCGCAGCCUCCCCAAGAGCUACGAGAACGUCGUGCUGAACUUGGAGAUGAGCAGCGCGGAACUGCGGACGCAAGACGUCGUGAAAACUGAAGAAGCGACCAAGGCCUUCAGUACCGAGCGUGAGGUUCGCCAGUGUACGUACUGCGGAAAAUUGGGACACACGGUGGAAAAGUGCUGGACCAAGCAGAAGGAAGACAAUCGGGGAGCUCGACGCGGCGGCAAUGGACGUGGACGCGGAGCGAAUCAAGUUCAGUGGCAAGGCUACAACGGCAACAGCAACUGUGACUAUGAUCGAGUGGCGUUUGCUGUUUCGCUGGAAUGCGGACUUUCAACGACCAAGAGCAUGUCUGGAAUGUGGGCGAUUGACAGCGGUGCAACACAUCACAUCUGCUAUGACAAGUCCAAGUUCGAAUUUCUGAACGAGCGCAAUGAAGGCGAAGUGUUGGUUGCAGAUGGGAACAAGGCUGCGAUCAAUGGUAUCGGGACAAUCAUCGAAAAAGUGAUCAUGUCCAAUGGUGAAGAGCGCGAAGUCGAGAUCAAGAACGCGCUUUACGUCCCAAGCAUGAACAAAAACUUGCUUUCGAUACCACAAAUCAACAAAAGCGGCAAGUUUCAAGUGGUGUGUGAUGGUGGCGAGAUGAAGAUUUCGCACAAGGCUCCAAGCAAGUAA